UCAGUCCAUGUUAUUUUUUGGGUGCAGGCCUAGUAGUUUUAUCUGAACAAAAGCCCAAGUUGGCCCAGAGAGAGGGAGAUUAUCCACACCAAAAUAUGUGAAGCAACUGCCGUCUGUUUCCGGCAAUGGCGCAAACGAGGGAGAGCAACAAACAAGCUUAAACAAUAACCAACAAUGUCAAUGCUGUCCUCGUUCUCUCUCGCCUCCUCCUCCUCCUCUCUCUUCGCACCGGUUUUUCACAAAGCUACAGUCCGAUCCUAUUCAAGACCCAAUUCUCACUCUCUCGUUGUCAAAUCCUGCAUAAACAAGAACGACCCCUCGAAAACAACCUCCUGGGUUAGCCCGGACUGGCUCACUUCCCUUACUCGGUCUCUGUCGACUGGCCGGAACGAAGAAUCCGGGAUUCCGGUAGCCAGUGCCAAGCUUGAAGAUGUCUCUGAUCUUCUAGGUGGGGCCCUCUUCCUCCCCUUGUUCAAGUGGAUGAACGAGUAUGGACCAAUUUAUAGACUCGCCGCGGGACCUAACAAUUUUGUAGUGGUUAGCGACCCUGCCAUUGCUAAGUAUGUGUUGAGGAAUUACGGGAAAUACGCGAAGGGUCUUGUAGCCGAAGUCUCCGAGUUCUUGUUCGGGUCGGGGAUCGCCAUUGCUGAGGGACAGCUCUGGACGGUAAGGCGGAAAGCUGUGGCUCCAUCUCUUCACAAGAAGUUUUUGUCUGUGAUGGUUGAUCGAGUAUUUUGCAAAUGUGCGGAAAGACUAAUGGAGAAGCUCCAACCUGCUGUGUUAAAUGGCGUUACAGUCAAUAUGGAAGAAAAAUUCUCUCAAUUGACGCUUGAUGUUAUCGGCUUGUCAUUGUUCAACUACAAUUUUGAUUCACUUACUACUGAUAGCCCUGUUAUUGAUGCAGUUUACACAGCUUUGAAAGAGACAGAGCUUCGCACUACAGAUAUACUACCAUAUUGGAAGAUUAAGGCUUUGUGUAAGAUAGUUCCUAGACAAAUAAAAGCGGAGAAAGCAGUUACAGUGAUUAGGAGAAGUGUUGAAGAACUUAUCACAAAGUGUAAAGAGAUCGUGGAAAGUGAAGGUGAAAGAAUAGAUAAGGAGGACUACGUGAAUGAGAGUGAUCCCAGCAUCCUUCGCUUUUUGCUUGCUAGCAGAGAGGAGGUUUCAAGUAUACAACUGCGGGAUGACCUUUUGUCCAUGUUGGUAGCAGGUCAUGAGACCACUGGGUCGGUCUUGACUUGGACUCUGUAUCUUUUGAGCAAGGAUGCUUCAUCAUUGGCUAAAGCGCAAGAGGAGGUUGACAGAGUUUUACAGGGAAGGUCUCCAGCAUAUGAAAAUAUAAAGGAUCUGAAAUUUCUUACACGUUGUAUAUACGAGUCAUUACGUCUCUAUCCACAUCCUCCGGUCUUAAUUAGAAGAGCUCAAGUUGACGAUGUACUUCCUGGAGAUUACAAGGUUGCUGCUGGUCAAGAUAUAAUGAUUUCAGUGUAUAACAUCCAUCAUUCCUCACAGGUAUGGGAGAGAGCAGAAGAAUUCAACCCAGAAAGAUUUGAUUUGCAAGGUCCAAUACCUAAUGAAUCAAAUACAGAUUUCAGAUUCAUUCCCUUCAGUGGAGGGCCUCGUAAGUGUGUAGGUGAUCAGUUUGCUUUGCUGGAGGCUGUUGUUUCCCUUGCCAUUUUAUUGCAGCGCUUGAACUUUGAAUUGGUUCCUGACCAGACCAUUAGUAUGACUACUGGAGCGACCAUACAUACGACAAAUGGCUUGUACAUGAAACUGAGCCAACGAAAAACUGUAUCUGCUUGUACUCCAUCUUCUCCUAUGUAAAUAGAAGAAAUAAGGAAUUAAACAAGGGAAGGGUCCAAUCCCACAAUUAUCAUCAGAGGACAAUAGUCUGAGGACGCGUGCUCUGCUAGCAGGAGACAUCUUUGCUAUGACAAUUCACAGGACUAAAGGUAAGCAAUAGGACUGAAGAAGCUUUAAGCAGACUGGUAUGUCUGCUGGUUUCCCCAGUUUCAAAGCAUUCUUUAUUAAUCAUUUCCACACUGUGUUGGAGUUUCAAAAAUGAUCAUUCAUGUCAUGACCAAGGAGAGAAACUUGGACAUUUUAUUACUAGAACAAAAACUCUGAUCAAUCAAUCUUCCACAUUACAUUAUUGUAUAA